GACACAUACUUCAAUCUGUGUUGGUGCUAAAAUACAUUUUUCUGUGAUUUUAUUCAUCGUUUUUUUAACCUAGUUUGACAUGCAGAUAAAAAAAGAUAAACCGUCUCUUCCUUCAGUGUGGAAUCGAAUGCUAUCGAAAAAUUCCGAAUGGCCUGAUAAGGAUGAAUUCCUUGAUGUUAUUUAUUGGGCUCGCCAAAUACUUGCUGUCAUUUUAGGUUUAAUUUGGGGUGUAUUUUCUUUGCAAGGAUUCCUUGGGCUUGCUUUAUUUGCAUUAGCAAAUGCUGGUAUUCUGUAUGUUUACUUCACAUCCUUCCAGUCUGUUGAUGAAGAGGAGUACGGUGGUGUUUGGGAAUUGACCAAAGAAGGAUUUAUGACUUCUUUUGCAGGCUUCCUUGUGACAUGGACAAUAAUUUACUCUGGCCUUCAUCAUUGAACUUUUCAUCUUAAGGUUUCAAAAGUGAAAUAAACUAUCUUGUCAUCAGGCAUAACAAGUA